AUGGAUGUGGGUUUCUCGGGCCUGCCAGAUGUGUCUCAGAGUCAUAGCAAGACUUUGUGGGGGGCUCGGGGCAGGGGCCCCUCCAUACGUCGCCAGCGGGAGUUCAUGCCAGAAGAAAAGAAGGACACAGUUUACUGGGAGAAGCGGAGGAAGAACAAUGAAGCAGCCAAGAGAUCCAGGGAAAAGCGACGUCUCAAUGAUGCAGCCAUUGAGGGCAGGCUGGCUGCACUGAUGGAGGAGAAUGCCCUGCUCAAGGGUGAGCUGAAGGCGCUCAAGCUUCGCUUUGGCCUCCUGCCCCUGACUGGUGGGCCCCGGGCCUUGCCCCUGCAGGCUCUGCUAUUGGAAGCCCCCUGGACUGGGGACCCCCAGCCUGGGGCUGAAGCACUCUCAUCCUUGUCUGGCUCUCACAGCUGCCUCUUAAGGCCAUGUUCCCUGGAUGCUGGGAUUCCAGGAUGUCGGGGCUGCCUGCUGGCUCCCAGAUGGACUGGCUUGGCCACUUCUCCUAGGUCCCCCCAAAAGUCUGCAUCUCCUACCCUCAACAGAAUUGACAUGGCCUUGCAGACUGCCCUCCCACCUGCCCUCUUCAGCUGUCACCUCUUGGAGGGGCAUGUAGGGUCCAGACCAGAGCUCAGACCCUGCUGGGGGCUGUGGUCACCAGUGCCCUCUGGAUGCCGGGCUUCAGGGCCAUCAGAUGUGUUGCUGACACCCACUGCUGAUCCCAUGGGUCUGUCUCCUGGGGUGACCUGCCCCGUCCCAGGGAACAGUCAUGAGGGUCUGGGUCAGCCCUCUCUGCCCCACAAACUGCGCAUCAAGUCCCGAGCCUCAGGCAGGGUACCUCGUGGCUGGGAGGGUGGUCAGGCGCCCCUCUGA